AUGACGGACCCGAAUGCUAAUAACGGCACGCCGACCAGCCUUCUCGAUCUCCCCCCAGAAUUGAAACUAAAAGUCCUAUCGAACCUCUCAGCCAAAGAAGUACAACUCGCCCGCAGCAUAUGCACAGAACUCCGAGAUGUGAUCGACGAACCGAGGAAUCGUAUCCUCAUACUCAAUCCCAUCCGUGCUCGGGCUGAGGCGCGGAUCACUGAACAGCUCCACCCCCUCCUCGACUUCCCCUGCACCUUAAACCUCCGAGACUUCAUAUUCUCAUAUUUAAUACGUCGAGGAGUAUGGGAACACCCCUUGCAAAACUCAUUAUUAGUGAACAGCGCGGCAGCACAAUGGGCCAAAUUCAAACUCAUGGAGAAAGGGGAAGACUCACCUUACAUGUCUGCGGAGGGAAUUGGUAAUGUGCUCGGAUGGAUUGGAAUGCUCUUCCUCCACGCGCAUAACAGAACGUAUUAUUCUGAAUUGACGACAACUUUGAGCGACGACGACAUCAAUGCUAGUGACGCGCGUUCAAAGUACUUCGCCGCUCUCAGAACGGUUAUGAUGCCUCGAGUGGAUACAUUGGAGGAUUUCUUCGAUCAUCUUGACUUGCCCUUUGGUACAACGCUCGAAGGAUUGAAGGAGUUGGGUCUGCCACUGGACAGGGAGGAGUUAGGUGCUUCGUACUUGGAAAUCGUCCAGAAACGGCUUUAUGGCUCUUCGACGCCUAUCCCUCGCGCUCCGUCGCCUCGGCUCGCUAUGCCUCCGCAUAUUCUCACGCCUUUGGUGCAUUUCGAUCAGAGCACCGAUGAUUUACUUUUUCGAGGUGAGCCGGCUGAGAUGAAGAGAGCUGGAUGCUGUACGGCGACGCAGAUUGCUGAGAUUCACGGCACUGAUAGCGUUCGGGAGUUGGGAGAUAUGUUUGGGUAUUGUCUGAAAACGGACUGGGCGAUGAAGCGGUUCUCUGCGGCGCUGGAAGGACGGGUAUUGACGGAGUGGGAGAAGGCAGCAGUGCUUGAGGAUCUGUAUGUCUUUUAGUGCGCGCGUAAUGUCAUGGAAAUUGUUGCGGCGGCUGUCGCGCUGCAGGGAAACGCUCUUUUGAAGUCUUUGCUGGAGUUCAGCAUCGGUAUUCGACAGCAUUCGGCACGAUUGUGUGCAGGGAAAAGAACAGUCAACGCAAUCUGAGUUUUUUGAGUCGCUCAUGAGCAUGCUGUGAAUGCCCGAAAUCCUUC